AUGAAAACCACAAACAUUCUAAUCGCUGCUGCCGCUAUUUCUGCUUCCGUUGUUUCUGCUUCUCCAGUAGUUAUGGUUACUAACUAUAAUAUGGUAACCCAAACUGUUGUUGUUGAUCCAAAUCAAGCUACCACUACCGAACCAGCUCAACAACAAGCCACUACUUCAGCUGCAGCUGUACACGGACAUCAAUCUGCUAUUGAUCAACCAAUUGCUGCUGCUAUCGUCCAAGAAGCUGUUUAUGUUGACGGUGAUAACACUUACACAUCUUACUCCACAUACUAUCCUGAUGGCACUAGCACUUUGCAACCAGCUACCACUGCUACUCCAACCACUACUGACACUCCAGCCACUACUGCUACUCCAACCACCACUGACACUCCAACCACCACUGCUACUCCAACCACCACUGACACUCCAACCACCACUGACACCCCAACCACCACUGACACUCCAACCACCACUGACACUCCAACCACCACUGAUACUCCAACUACCACUGCUACUCCAACCACUACCGAAACACCAACCACUACCUCCUCUGCUGCUGCCACAACAACUGCCUCCAACUUGGAUGAUUUUUCUUCUUCUAUCUUAAAUGAACACAACAUUAAGAGAGCUUUGCACGAAGAUACCUCAGAUUUAUCUUGGAGUGACACUUUAGCCACAUAUGCUCAAAAUUAUGCUGAUAAUUAUGAUUGUAGUGGUAAUCUAGUUCAUUCUGGUGGCUCUUAUGGGGAAAACUUGGCUUUAGGUUAUUCUACUACUGGUACUGUUGAUGCUUGGUAUAAUGAAAUUUCCUCCUAUGACUGGUCUAACCCAGGGUUUUCCGAAAACACUGGUCACUUUACCCAAGUUGUUUGGAAAAGUUCUACCGAAGUCGGUUGUGGUUACAAGGAUUGUAACAAUGAAUGGGGUACCUAUGUUAUUUGUAGUUAUAGCCCUGCUGGUAACGUUAUUGGUGAAUUUGCCGAAAACGUUUUAGCAUUGAACUAG